AUGAUUCUGCCAUCAAUAACGUCACAUCAGCCAGCCAAUCACAUCAACUUCGACUCAUGGAAAUUUCCAAGAAACAUCACACUAGCUGAUAGCACAUUUCACAAACCUGGUGGCAUUGAUUGCCUCAUUGGUGCAGGCAUGUUUUUCGACCUUUUGCUGGUGGGCCAGAUCAAGCUUCCCAACACCUCUUCUGUACUCCAAAAAACUAAGCUGGGAUGGAUUGUGUCUGGAAUAGCCCCGCCAUUAUCGUCUUCGUCACCAUCAUCAUUGCAUACAGCCUCGUCGUUACCGUUUUCGUUGUACAAAUCAUUCAUAGCUGUUAGCAAUCAUCCUCAACUUGAUCAUCUGCUCGAAAAAUUCUGGACUCUCGAAAGCUACAACGAGUCUUCAAGGUUUUUGUCAGCGGAAGAAAGGGCCUGCGAGAAGUUUUUCGAAGCCACAACCACAAGAUGCCCUGUCACCAAUAAAUUCAUCGUGCGCUUGCCAUUAAAGGAAGAUCCACAGACGCUAGGCCAUUCAUACGAGACUGCCCUUAAAAGGUUGCUCGGUCUAGAGUAUAAAUUCGCACGCAAUCCGUCGUUGUUGAAGCAAUAUUCUGAGUUCAUGGGUGAGUACGAGUCCAUGAAACACAUGACUGAACUUGAGAGCAACACGAAAGGGCGCUAA